GGACAUGGCCGAGGCACGCGCGUCGCGCUGGUACUUCGGGGGGCUGGCCUCCUGCGGGGCCGCCUGCUGCACGCACCCGCUGGACCUGCUCAAGGUGCACCUGCAGACUCAGCAGGAGGUGAAGAUGCGCAUGACGGGCAUGGCGCUGCAGGUGGUGCGCACGGAUGGAAUCCUGGCGCUCUACAAUGGCCUGAGUGCCUCGUUAUGCAGACAGAUGACCUACUCCCUGACUCGGUUUGCUAUCUACGAGACCAUGCGGGACCGCAUAACCAAGAACACCCAGGGGCCUCUACCUUUCUACAACAAGGUGUUGCUGGGCGGCAUCAGUGGUUUAACUGGAGGCUUCGUGGGGACCCCAGCAGAUUUGGUCAAUGUCAGGAUGCAGAAUGACAUGAAGCUGCCCCUGAACCAGCGACGCAGCUAUGCCCAUGCUCUGGAUGGUCUAUACCGUGUGGCUCGUGAAGAGGGUCUGAAGAGACUGUUCUCAGGUGCGACCAUGGCAUCCAGCCGAGGGGCUCUGGUCACUGUGGGCCAGCUGUCCUGCUAUGACCAGGCCAAGCAGUUGGUCCUCAGCACCGGGUACCUGUCCGACAAUAUCUUCACCCACUUUGUUGCCAGCUUCAUUGCAGGCGGAUGUGCCACAUUCCUGUGUCAGCCCCUGGAUGUGCUGAAGACCCGCCUGAUGAACUCCAAGGGAGAGUAUCAGGGUGUUUUCCACUGUGCGGUGGAGACAGCAAAACUUGGACCACAGGCCUUUUACAAGGGCCUCUUUCCCGCCGGCAUCCGUCUCAUCCCCCACACCGUGCUCACCUUUGUGUUCCUGGAGCAGCUCCGGAAGCACUUUGGCAUCAAAGUGCAGACCUGACAGCUGCAGGGACAGCUGGGCCACACCUGGCCACUUGGAAGACUAGGAGGGGACUCCGCUCCCCUCCUUUCUGACCUGGGCCCUGCUGUGCCCCCAGCAAGCUCCUGCCCAUCCCACCUUGGGUUGACUAGGUCUCCUGGCCCUGUCUAGGCCAAGCCCAGUGGCCUUUGUUGCAUCUCUGAGCCCACUGGAGUGGCAUCUCUGCCCUACCUGUUCCCAGGCUCUCCCUGAUGGGAUUUUGCCCCACCUUCCCAUCCCAUGAUUCACUCAGAAGUCUGGCCCAGGCUGGUGUCACCGUCCCUACCUCCCCUGGCUGCUGCUCUGCCCUGUCCAGUGAGCAGUGAGGAACUGGCAGUGCUUCCUGCUCGCACCUGUCCUAUAGGCUGAGGCGUGUCACCGCUUCCACUUAGAACCUGCGUGGACCACAGCAGCUGUCACCGCUUCCACUUAGAACCUGCGUGGACCACAGCAGCUGUCACCGCUUCCACUUAGAACCUGCGUGGACCACAGCAGCUGCUGCUCACCAGAGUCUGGCCAAGUGCACUUUUGGCAUGAGAGGGAGCAUCAUGUGACAUCCUUGAAGCAAAAAGGAACAGGUAGCGCAGAUCGCCAGCAAAUGCCAUGACUAGCGUCCAGAGAGCACAUCUGCAGCAUGCAGCCCCAGUGCUCGAAUGGUCGGUUUUGCAGAAGCCUCCCAACUCAGCAGCUGCUGCUAUUGUCAUUGCCUGUGGUUGUGCCCCUCCCAUCUGUCCCCUCCCAUACCUGGCUUCCCAGAGCUUGGGCAGCGAUGAGGUGUAGUGCCCUCCAGGGACUAGUCUCUCUGUGUGACUGUGGUCACCCCCACCAUCCUCAGGUCUCCAAAGCAGCCUGCUUCCCCCAAAUGGGGUUGGGCUUUGUGCCCAUCUGCCUCCCCCAGACCCCACAGCACUUACUCAGUCCUCACCCAGGAUGGGGCAGUGGGCUCAGGGGUGCUGCUGGCACAUUGCAGGGGAUCUAAUAAACAAGUGGCCUGGGUGACCUCCCUC